GUUAAGGACUUGGCCUUUCUUGGAACGCUCCAGUAUUCAUGGCUGGAGAGUAAAGUCAAACGAUGAAGAAGAAGUAGCGGGAAAAAAAAACUACGCCCAGCUCUUCCCGUGCCGUGCCAAAAUCUGUCAUCUUUCAUCGGUGGUCCAGGACGGAGUGUGUCCUCGCUGGCGGAAAUGGUAUCUCGGUAGCCGUCGCCGUCUGGUCGUCGUCCGUUGACUCGUUCCGUCGUUUUGUUGAAUGGCCUUGCUAAUGUGGAGCCAUCUUCGGUCCCCAUUUGGAGAUUUAUUGGUGUUAUCUGUCCGGAAACCGUAACGCGCGUCGCAGAUCGUCAUCCGUAGACGUGUGGACGGACCCCCCGUGGCAAGUGUGGUGAAGUGUGAGUUCAAGGCCUGAUACGGAUUAGCGGAAGGCCAUACGUGAGUGGUGGUCGCGAUUUGAGUUAAGACGUGAAACGAUGAAUGCUUGAUAAUAAAUUUUGUCGGAGUUUGAUCAAUUUGAAGAGAGGACCAAACUUGAAUAAAAGCUCGACGGAAAAUAAUUGUCGAUUCGAACGACAUGAUUGAUCAACAGCAGCAGCAGCAUGGAUUCUUUCCCAUGGAUAUGAAGUGCUCGUUGGUGACCGGUCCGCCGUCGUCGGUUCAUGGUGACGGUGGUGGCCACCCGGGGAUGCCGCCAGCAAAUGAAAAUAACAACAAUUUAAACAACGUCAUCAAUAACAAUGCCGGCACCAAUAACAAUAGUUGUAGUGGCGCUAGUAAAACAUCCUCUCUACAACAGGCAUCAACAACAACCUGUUCACCGGUGCAAUCAACCACAGCCGGAACGACCAACCCGGAAGCGUCCACGCCGGGCACGGGUGCGGCGUCAAAUACGAUGUCCAUGGCCACCACCCUCUGCGGUCAGUGCUGCAGCCCCAUCUGCGAUCGAUACAUAAUGAAAGUGGUGGACAUCUCUUACCACGAGAACUGUUUGCAGUGCACAUCCUGCGCCAUCCGGCUGAUGCAUUCCUGUUUCAUGCGGGACGGCAAGCUGUACUGCCGGUUCGACUAUGAGAGGUUGUACGGCCGCAAUCGAUGUCUCGGCUGUGGCGAGAAAAUUGGCGCCGAUGAGCUGGUAAUGCGCGCCCUCGACAACGUGUUCCAUCUAAAGUGCUUCAUCUGCGUCGUCUGCGGAAUCCGGCUCCAGAAGGGCGAUCAGUACGUCAUCAAGCAGAGCCAGCUGUUCUGCCGGCCGGACUACGAGAAGGAGGUGGAAAUGUUCCAGGGGUACAAUUACGAUGAUUACUGUUGUGAUGAUAUAUUCCAAACGCGGAUCGACGGCCGACGGGGACCAAAACGGCCGCGAACCAUCCUCACAACGCAGCAGCGCCGGGCCUUCAAGGCAUCGUUCGAGGUGUCACCCAAGCCGUGCCGGAAGAUACGCGAGGGCCUGGCCAAGGACACCGGGCUGAGCAUUCGGAUAGUACAGGUUUGGUUCCAAAAUCAGCGUGCCAAGAUGAAAAAGAUCCAGAAAAAGCAGCUGAAGGAGGGCAACAAGGGCAACCACAACAGCAACAGCAGCAGCAAAGGCAACGAGUCCCAGGACGAACUUUCCGAAAACGAAACCAAACUUUCGGUAAAGAUUAAGGACGAAAACUCAAGAUCAAAUAAUUAUCUCCAUGACAGCUGCAGUGACACCGAGGGAGGCAUCAACGAUAACGAUUCGUUUGGGUCUCGGAUCAGUUCGGGUGCGGAGGCAUUCAAGCCGGUCAAGGAGGAGCUGGAAAUGGACGAGGAGUACUUUCGACUGAUGAAUGCGGCGACGAGAUUUGGCGGGAAGGCGUUUGAUGACCCAUCGACGAUCGUGAAAAGCGAAAAUAUUCCACUCAGCGCCGCCAUGAUGGGCAUCGAGUACCCUUCACUGCAACAACUGACAUCGACAUCGAUGACCCCUCCGCAUGCCAACCAACUUUUGAACCCCAUCGACCGGCUCUACUCGAUGCAGAAUUCAUACUUUUGCAAUCCUCCACCGCCAUCGGACGGGGGUGGCCCUUCCGCUGACCAACCCCAUCCACCGUCCCUUCCCCCGGCAGGGCACAUGCACCACCCCCAUCACCACCUGCUGCCCCCGCACCAUCACCACCAUCCAAUGUCGUCGGGCCAGGUCCCGUCGCCACAUCACGGAAAUCACGGUCUUCCGUUACAUCCACUACAACAGCAGCAGCACCACCCUCAUCACCAUCAGCAGCAGCAGCAGCCGUAAAUCAAUCAAAACGCUCGAAACACGUGGUUCUACACAAUAAAAUGAGUGAUUCAAUUUCCAUCUCUUCGGUUCACGUGGACUGGAAAAAAACAAGUGUGUGUGUGUGUGAGUGCACGUGGUUAGGGUGGCAGGAAAAGAGUAACAAAAUGUUAAUCGAUAUAUUGUUACAUUUGAUGAACAGGGGGCAAUUAUGCUAAUGGCCAUCAUCGAUAGGAGCUCGUUCGCGUGGUUCGGAAGAAUUUUCCGCGCCCCGUUCCCGAAUGACGGUUGAUGAUGCUAAUUUCCUCGACAACUUGGUCAACUUCCGCCGUGAUUGGACAGCGAUUGAGAUUGAUGACUGAUUGAUUAGCUCUUUAGGUGCAUAAUCCGGCGAUUGCAUGUGAUUGAUUUAGAGGAUUGUUUCGACAGCUGCGCAAAUCUCUGCGGUUGGGCGUAAAUCGACAUGGUGAUGGACUGGUGAAAAUCGAAUGCAA